AGUUGCUAAAGUCCUUCCGAGUACACGAAAUUAAAGAUAUACUUUUUGAUAGAGAUCACAUGAUACAACAUUCACAAUCACAAUAAACAAACAAAAUGGCGAUUCCAGGUGUUGUUAUUGCAGCUGGUUGGAUACCAUUUAUUGUUGUUAUUGUGCUAACUAUUCUGUUCUCUGGAUUCUACAUUCGAUAUUUUAUGCACAAAUAUGAUAGUGAAAUCUCUGUAACACUGUCUGCCAUUUUUGCUUUAACUGUGACCUUAUUGACAUCUGCAAUUGUUCCUGUUGAUAUUUUCCUGGUUUCUUAUAUGAAAGACUCUAAUGGGAACUUUAAGGAAUGGGCUAAUAGUUCAAGUGUCCGGAAUAAAACUGAAGAUGCUGUUUUAAUAACCUAUUAUGUUUUAUAUGGAAUAGUUGCAUUUUGCUUGUUUCUUUUUCUCCCCUUCAUGUAUUUUUUCUAUGAAGAAAAAGAUGACAAUGCUACGUUUAAAUCUCGCUGCUGUACAGCAUUGAAGUACUCCAUUGUGUGCAUUCUGAUUGCAGCCACAUUUUUACUUAUAGGGGCUUUUGUUCCUACCAAGUCCUAUCCCAACAGCAAUAGCACAGAAUGGAAAAAGAUUGAAGCCCUGUUUAAAGAUAUUGCUAGCACAGGUAUUGAGGAUGCGUUAUCUUUUGUAAUCAGCAUUUUCAGCCUCAUUGGAAUGUUUGGUAUAGUCUCCUACACUGCUUAUGGGAUAUCAGCUCUGCCAAUGGAUUUAAUAAAAGGUAGAAGAAGUAUUAAAAAAGAGCUAUCAGAAACUGUUGCAGAAAAAGAGGAUAAGAGAAACCAACGACAGGCUUUGAGAGACAAAUAUUCUAGACAAUCAACACUCAGCAGACGUGCUACCAGACUUGAUGAAAAUUUGUCUGAGCAAGAACGUCUUAUGAGUAGAAGGCAGCGCCACUUGCAGUUAUCAGAAAAAAGCUGGUUGCGAAAAUGUAUGCUUCUGCUUCGGCCCUUUGAAAUAAUCUUCGGCAUUAUUUUCUUUCUCUUGGCAUUGCUUUUGUUUGUUUCUCUGCUGUUAACAAACAUUGACAAAGCUAUGCACAGUAUGGGCUACUUAAGUGGAUAUGCUUUACCAGAGAGACAUUUGCCGAAUCCAAUUGAUAUUGUUUUGGUUUACAGCCAGAAGGUUUUUCCUUUGGACUACAUUUUAAUGGUUGGGAUUAUUGCAUAUUUUGUCUUGUGCACAAUGACUGGCAUACGUUAUAUUGGAAUUUGGUUUUUGUGGAUUAAGAUGUACAAGAUUCGUCCUCACCGCACCAACCCUCAGGGUAUGCUGAUGUUCUGUAUGAUCCUUAUGUUCAUUGUGUUGGCCAUUAACAUUGUACUCUAUGAGCUGACACCUCAGUACUCAUCUUUUGGAAGUGAACAUUAUGUAAAUAGUACAGGCAACAGCACAGUUUCUUUGGAAGUAAAGCAAUGUACUACUGAAGUUAGUGAAGAUCAUUGUGUAGUGACAAGAAUGACCUUGCUUUUAGUUCGUUUUUUCUAUAAGAUGUGGGUAUUUGGUGCAGCCUACUAUUGGUUGACUUGGCUGUUUCUUGGGACAUUACUGAUUGGUUUCCUGGUGGUUGCUAUAAAAAGACGUCGCUCAGCUAUUAGUGGUGAGGUUGAAGGGGAUGAUUUUGAGGAAAGUGACGAUGAACUAAUUCAAGGAUAAAGAAUUCAACGAUAGAGAUUUUUGUUUGCAAUGUUAAAAUUCAUGAAUUUCUCAGUAUAAAGUCAAGGGACUGAACUAUGAUUCUUAUAUGUGACCUAAUGUGAGAAAAGAUAACCAAAAUCAUUGGCUCAGUUUCUAGAUAACAAGAGGAAAUUGUUUGCUUUUUAUCAUGUCUUGGUUUCCAAAUACAUUCUUUACUAGCAUUAAAUGAUUAUUGAAUGAAAUAAGCUUUAAUGUUAAUUUUAAGUUUAAAAAAAAUAUUUUUUAUAGUCUCAGAAUCCUUUUCCAGUGACUACUCUCCUUUAAUUUGGACAUGUUUUCAUUCAAAUAUAAAUAUAUAUAUUAAAAGUGUAAAAAAAAAAAAAAUUUAAAAAGCUACAUUGUAGAUUUCUUUUCAAGCUAGUUUUGUUAAAAUCAUCUGAAAUUUACAAAUAAAAGAUUGGUUUCAUUUUUUCACAUAUAUUUCUUUAAAAAAUUCUUAUUUCUAGAAAUAACUUUGCUGACACUGUUUUUAAGAUUCUUUUAGUUUAGUGUAAGAACUGAUAAUACUUGAUUUAUAUGACUAAAUGAAGGAAGUAAUUUAAAAUUGAAGAAUUCACUAAAAAAAAAUACACUAGUUAGUUAUUUAGAGUUAGAUUUGAGUUACUAGUAGCUUUUUAAAACUUUGACCUGGUAUUGAAUGCAUACACUACCUUAGGCCAGCCAAUGUAUUUAAAUGUGUUUCAAUCAUUAAAACCCUAACUAUUUUGAUUGCUAAUAUUUUGAUAAAUAUAUCAAGAAAUGUGCAUUAUUUUUAUAAGGAAAUAAAGAAAACUAAUGUAAAAUUGUUGGUAAUGACACAUAACUAUCAAACGUUGUUUACAUACUGAUAUGUAGAGGGUUAUUUAUUAAUUUUAACUUUUAUGUUAAAUCAUUAAAAUGCAAAGCUCAAAGUUUAUUGUGUUUAAAACUUAUGAGCUUCAGAUAUAAAUAGAAAUUAAAAUAAAUUUCUAGCAAGGGUGACAUCAAACAGGGUAUAGACUAGAUUAGAACUAAAUACAUUUUAGUCUAUGUUUAAGUUUCUUUACCUAGAUAUGAUACAUUAAAAGCAUACUGUGCUGUCCAACAGUCUGGGUUCAUUUAAGAAAUGCUACUUGAACAAUGUUUUGAUGAAUAGCCCACUGUCUUAAGGUGGUGUUUUUUCAUUACACUUUCUCUACUGAUGAAAUAGUGGAGGCUAUCAAAUAUAUAUCUGUGAUGAACUGCACAGUUGUCUCCACCUCUCUUAAGGGGAGUAGCUUGGGGCCAGUGAUUUGAUAUUGUGCCUGAUGUUACAAAUUUCUGCUUACCUGGUAAUUUGUUUUCUUUGUUUAUUGCAUUUCAGAUUUUCUGUUGUUUUUUUUUUAAGACAUUUAUUUAUAAUAAAAAGCAGUGUUGCUGUAAAUCAUAAGAUAAUGUCUAGCUUAACUUAAUAUAUAUAUAUAUAAUAUUGUCUACCUUAAUUAGAUUUCUUGAGUUUAUCACUGGUCAACUACUAUCACUGUGUUGUUUGUUAUAAACGUAGUCAAUUUAUUUUCACAUUUAAUAAAAUUUAAUAGCAAUUUUUUAGUUUGUGUGUUCUAAUUGUAUUAAUGUGUCCUAGAAAUAUUGUAAACAUAGUAAAGUGUUGGUUGAAAUACUUUUUUUUUAGUUAUUUUUUUAAAUUGUUGAUUGAAAGUUGUAACUUUCUUUGUAAAUAAAUAUUGCUUGUCAAUCACUUUGUGUCAACUAAAUGUAAGAAAGAUUUUCAUCUAUUUCAAACGUUUUCUGUACACUAUUACUGUUUUAUACACAUCAUGGAAUAAACAAUAGUAGUAUUUAAAAAAA